AUGGCAGCCAUUCCGCUUCCAAGAGAUUCCAUCGGUAUGAUUUCGUUUUCGUCGAUUCAAAAACACGGCCAUCUUUUUGAGCCCAAAUGCUUUGUCUGUGAUAAUUUACGAUCCUCCAUUGACAACGAUCUGAGGAACUUGGUUGACUUCUGUUUUCUUGAGAACUUUAAUAUCCCUGCUAUGGCGUUGCUUGCCGAGCCGAAGCCUACAGAUCCUUGGCAAACAAACAUACCCUCCGAUGCGUUUAAGAUCUUGGCGGUCAAAAGGCCCAUAUGCGGUAUACUGGUACUAAGCACCAGUGCAUUUAUCCACAUUGACACGCUUGGCAGGGUUUUCACGAUCCCUGUAAAUUCGAACUUUUCCACAAUCAGUGGGCUCUCCCCCUCCAGUAGGUUUACGUCCCUAAUUUCAGAUUCCAAAUACGCACAUCUUGGACUCGAUUUGACAAAAUGCACAAUCAAUCAUCUUGGCAAUGGUUCAGAUGAUGGCCCUUCAAACUUUAUUUUUUCCCUAUUGAACGGCUCCAUUUAUAUAUUGUCACUUUUUUUGAAUCCCGGAUAUUCUGGUGUCUUUAGGGCAGAAAUUAGCGUCAUUGCAACCACUUUGCCUUCAUAUGUUGUGUCUUCAAUUUCAACGAGGUCCUUAUCCAUUUCUGCGCAGAACAUGAAUCUUGGGUUUUUUGGUACAUCGGAGGGCCCUCAAAACCUCUUUUUUGAAAUAUGGCAGAAUGGUUCGGCCGAAGAUGCUGCCUCUUCACACCCUUCGUUUGCUGAGUUGGAUGAUGACAAUGACGACGACUUGUAUUCGUCCACUUUAAGCAUUGAGGCAAGUGCACCAAGGUCUGUUCUUAAAUCUUCUUUUUUGGCACUUGGGGAAGCAUCUUCUUCAUCCUGGAUUAUAAGCGUCGUUGGAGAGUUUCCAAAUCUUUCUUUCUCCCCUGAAUGUUCUUAUGUAGAUUCCAUUCAGAGGACAGUUUCCUAUUCAGGCGCAGGCCGCUCUCUUCUUCUCUGCAAUCCCAACAGCCAAAGGAGUGGCCAAAGUACCUUAAAGCCGGAAAUUCUUUCCAAUCUUCCGCCUCUUUUAUGUGGAUGUCGAGAUGUCAACUGCUUGGCUAUUGAGGGAUCUUCGAUUUCUUAUGUUUUUCUGUCUUCUGAAAGCUCAACGCUGAUCCUGAAAUCGCAGAGUGGACAACUAACGGAAGUAAUUGAUCCCUCUGCCGCAUUUCAUGUGGAGGGCCCCACCUUGCUGGCCUUUUCAGUGGUGCUCCCAAAUUCGUUUGUAGUCCUCGUUCAGGUGACGACAAGUGCUAUUUUGAUUUUGUCAUCAAUCGGUCGACUGCUUUUUCGAUGGGAAAUUUCCUCAUUGUCCAAUGAACAUUGUUCUAUGGAUAAGGAAAUAAUGGAAAUCGGGGAUAAUGACUUGUACCGAACUCCGGUAGAUAUGCCCUCUUCGCCAAUCAAGUCUAGCCAUAUUAGCUCUCUGAUUUCCUUUUCCACGUCCUGCGAUUCAUAUCUUUCGAUAAUUUUAGAAAACGGAUCCCUUUAUUUAUUCGUGGUUAACGAGUCUUCCUUUUUAAAAAUUAUUUAUGAUUCAACCGCAACGGACAAUAACCUAACAGCUAAAAGCUGCUCCAUUACGCGUUUCUGCUCUGCCAUGAUAAUGGCGGUCCACUAUACACACAAUGUUGAUCAUCUUGAUUCGGUUGCCUUUUAUCUCCUGCCCUCGAUGGAAAUGAUCUGGCAGACCAUGGAUAUUGCCAAACUUCCCUAUCUUCUUUCCUUCUCCUCACCGGCCGCUAAACAAUCAAUUACGAUGCAGACAGAACAGCCUCCAAUUUCUUUGCUAGAAUUCAGCAUUACACAGGGUUCAUGCGGGUCCAUGCUUCUCAUCCUUCGAUACACGCCAUCAUUUACUACGGAUGAUUCCUCAUUUACUUCAAUUUACUACUCUAGAGCUUUUAGCCAUUUGCUUGAGCAAGCUAAUGAGGAACACAAUGGUCUUUAUGUCUCUGAAGAAGAAAGUCGCCAUGCUACAAUGGUUUCAUUCACCAGGCUUGACCAUGAAUUUUGGUGCAAUUUCUCUUACAUCCGAAAAUCGAUUGUGCAUCUCGGAGCCAUUAGUCCAAUCCUUGAUGCGGUCUUGGUUUUGGGAAGCGAAAUUUCAUACAUCAUUUUUAUUGACAAGAGCAAGACGUCCUCAUUGCCAGUGCUUGCAGAAAUUUGUUUCCCAGAGGGAGCUUAUCCGGUCGCUGCAAGUCCAAUCAUGUUAUCGGACUCUCUUACUUUGUUGUCACUGACCUCUUCUAAUGGAUUGAUGAUUUACAAGCCUUUUUCGUCAACGUCAAGUCCAACCCCGUUCUGGGGAUUACCAGAAGCCAAAACUAUCCUCUGGGAUAGAAAGCUAUUAAGAUUCAAGCCUGGUUUGUCACCUUCAGGGUGCCCAAACGAUAACAGUACCAUCAUCUCCAUGCUACGAUAUGAUCCUGAAAGCCAUACACACAUUUCAGUGCUAGAAACACCGGUCCCUUUUAUAAUUCCGCCAACCGAAGCAGAGUUGGCGCUCGCCAAAGAAAAUAACAAGCAAAUCUCAACUUCUAAUGGGGCAGAAGUAUCUAUGAUGGCACCACAUUUGAUGACGACGCCUUUUACCGUCUCUUCCUUUUUGGAGCUCAUAUCACCGGUCUCUUGGCUCAUUAUUGAUAGGCUCCCGCUCAAUUCAAGACAGACGGCCUCAGGAAUAAAAUGGUAUUUUGUGGCCGGCACCUGCUUUCUCAAGGGAGAAGAUAGAGGGGUCCGUGGUCGAGUUUUGAUUAUUGAGAUCAUCUCUGUUAUUCCGGAUUCCUCUUGCCUCGAAGGAAAAUAUAGACUCAAAGUCGUUUAUGAGGAAGAGGUCAAGGGUCCAGUAACUGCAGUCGAUGAAGUAGCGGGGUACCUUGUCACUGCUAUUGGCCCGAAGCUUAUCGUCCAUUCGUUUGGUGACGGUGAGUCUCUUGACGGCGUGGCCUUUAUGGAUGUUUCUAUUUAUGUGACCACCAUUUCUGUUAUCAAAAACUACAUUCUCAUAGGAGAUGCUUUUAAGAGCAUUAUUUUGGCAGCCUUUCAAGAAGACCCUGCAAAGCUUAUCCAACUGGGGAAAGACUUUUCUAAUCUCCGCACAUCAUGUUUCGUUCCAAGCUUAAAUGGGGCUCUUUCUUUGGUAGCCGGAGAUGAGGGCGGAAAUUUGCACACCUAUUCGUAUUCACCGAAUUCGCCAGCUUCGCUGUCUGGAUUGAGGCUAAUUCAUCGAUCCGAUUUCUUCCUUUCGCCAGAUCCAAUUUUAUUCCUCGAACGAGUGGUUUUACUUGCAAAGACCGAAAACGGAGCCCAGUUGCAUACUUCUUGGUGUCGCUAUGGCAGUGUUUCUGGGGAACACGGCAUUCUUUUCUCAAUUUCCGAGAGCGAAUUCAAAAAAUUUUCUUUGUUGUAUUUCAAUUUGAACUCGCAGUAUUCAAUGGCGGCAAAUGGCGAUGUCGUGUUUGCCCUCAGUCCUGGUGGGCUGAACCACAAAGAAUAUAGAAGUGCCAAAUGUUUAGAAAGGCGAUAUUCCAGGGCAUCCAAAAAUUCUCUCGAUUUGUCAUUUAUUGUGAGAAAGCUUUCCCUUUUAAACAUCCUUUCUUUGGACAGUCUUUGCAGAGCAUCAGGAUGGAGCAGCUCCGUCUCAAUGAUGAAGGAUCUGGUCUCUGCAACCCGGAAGUUCAGCGAAAAUAAUUAA